AUGAGAACAAACGCUCGAGCUAGAGCCGGAGCUAGAGCUGGAGCUGAAGCUGGAGCUGGAGCUGGAGCUGGAACUGGUGCAGCCAUCAUCCUGGUGCUGAUUCUGCUGCAAGUGGCUGGCAUAGAGGCCUUAAGAACGGGGUUUCGUCUGCCAAAAAACAUGGGUCGAAAUGCUGCUGCUGCUGCUGCUACUGCUCCCGCUGCCGCUGCUGAGCACGGCAAUGGGCGAGAUCUGUUCAAGAAAUUUAUGUUGUGGCGUAACCUGUUCCCCACUGAGCCGGCACGUGACAAUAUCAUUGUAGUGACACAACCCACGUAUACCACCCUCACGCCCACCGGCACACCGACAACAACAACAACAACAACGACCGCCAACAAUGACGCCAAUUUGCGAAGCUGGCGCAAUCUGGAGGAUGAAGACGCACAGAAUCGCAUUUCCCAACGCACCUCGCACCGCAUCCGGCCAAACACCAAGACUCGAUCGUAUGGUCAGCGACGCAGGCCGCAGCUGAAGAAGAAGAAGAAGACGCGGCAUCGUCACAUACACAAGCGACCGCAACAGCACCGAUAUAAGCAUCGUUAA